UCUACCGUAUUUCAUUUUAAAUAUUGACUAAUCAUUGACUUGAUGGUUUCUUAAAUGUAUUUAACCCUGAAAACACAUGCCCAUUGAACAAAGUGUCUCUCCUUCCAGAUGUGUGUUAAAGCAGGGUUCGUAAUGAGGGGGUCCCGGACCCCCUAUAAGUCAUUAGGGACCCGCUAUAAGAAUUUAUUUUUAGAUUUUGGGGGGUCCCCGACAAAUAUUUUUAACAUUAAAAAUGAUAGGUCUUUAGUGACGUUUUAUAUUUAUAACAAUAAUUAAUUCAUUUCCUAACCCAAAUGGGCAGCAAUCAGGGCAGCCAAUAGCAUCACAGAUAGUUGUUGUGCUCUAUGACGCAGACACGUAGGUUACUGUUGAACGAAGCCUCACAAAGAGUGAAAUCCCUCAUGAAAAUCCUGUAAGUGCUUCGAUUAUGUUUAUAUCUCCAUAAUAAUUGCUUAUUAUGGUAAAAUAUUUGGAGUUGGUGUUCCUAUAUCAAAAGUUGCAUUAACUAACUCAGAUACCCAGUGUAACGUAAUGAUUAGAAGAGUGCGUUUAUCAACGUUUCUUGCUGUACGUGUAUGAAGCCAAACUGCCAGCUAACAGCUGACAUGUAGCAGUUAGCUAGACGUGUUAUUCAAAGCUAGCAUGCCAACAUAAUUGUCCAGUCAGUGAUUACGAAAGAUAGCGAGGACUUAAUUCAAGUCUGUGAGUUUUGAAUGGGAAAAUGUGUAGACCGAAAAGUUGUUCUUUUGGGGGGUUGGGGGGGGUGGGUCCGAGACCCGGUGCUAAUACGGUACAGGUGUCUUAACGGCCGUUAACAUGAAAAACAUCAGACAGACCAUUAUCCCACCUUCAAAAUAUGUCAAUAUAAUAGUGUAGCAAGGUAGUCUUCAGUAUUUUUUAUAGUUACAUUUUAGGGGUAGUCAUUUCGAACCCUGCAUGUAGGGCCUUCUGCCUCGUAACAAGGUGGUGACCUCCUCUUCUGCAGAGUGUCUUAACAUCUCUCUCCACUGACCACCAGGGGGCGACAGCUCUGGAGCAGUGUUCCCUUUACCAUUUCAUUUUGUGACUCUACUUCUCUCUUGAUUUAUUCCCUCAGUAAACAUUAAUCGCUGGUUUCAAGUCUUCUACAACAGGGCGUAAAGUUCAUUUAGUACCUGGUCUUUUUAGUCAAUUAGACCAUGAAGCAGGGUAUGCUCCACUGAGUGACAGGUUGCUGCCACUACCGGAGACGCUUCGCUUUCUCUACUUCACUCCUGCGCAUUCCAAAUAUGAUGAACUCUGUUCUUUGGUUGCAACAAAACAAACCGAUGGGUGACGUAACAACAACUAUGUUGACUUCUUGUAUUCAGUCUAUGCUUAUAACCAACUGUAACCAAGGCAACCUACCACAAGCAGGUGUCAUUUUUCAGUGCCCUGAAGUAUUCAAGUGAGCUAAAAGCAAAGGUUGUCUCAUUGCACUUUUACGUGUGAGAUUUGUAGAUACAACAGCAGUAUCCUUUAUGAGAGAGUUAAAGACACACGGUGUUCUCACUGAAGUAGCUCUCCAUAUAAUCAACAAUGUUUGCAGGUAAUGCCAUCAGACCCAUUGCUCUCAGAGCAGUGUCCGCCAUCGACAGAGCAAUUCCUGGCUUCCCAGUCCUGGCCACCGGAGGCAUCGACUCGGCAGAGAGCGGCCUACAGUUCCUCCACGCCGGGGCGUCAGUGUUACAGGUGUGCAGUGCAGUACAGAACCAGGACUUCACAGUGAUCGAGGAUUACUGUGUGGGUCUGAAGGCCUUGUUGUACCUAAAGAGCGUGGAGCUGAAGGACUGGGACGGCCAGUCUCCUCCGACAGAGAGACACCAGAAGGGGAAACCAGUUCCCAGACUGGUGGACCUGGUGGGAAAGAGCCUCCCGAGCUUUGGGCCGUACCUCCAGCAGAGGACAGACGCCAUCGCAGAGUACAAGAGCCUUUGUUUUGAUCUUUAG